GGGGACUAUUACCUGUACCUGUGAGAAGGUGUGCCAUUCGUCAUCGUCCGUCUCCAAAUCAGGAUCAACAGUUUCCUCCUCCAGCCGCUCGGAGAGGUAGGAGUCUGCCAGGACGGCUGGAAACUGAGCGAGCGACUACAACAGGACUCCGAACAUGGAGCCUAUAACGUCGUGGAGCGAGGAGAGAGUCAGCGAGUGGCUCCAAGGUCUGGAUGCCCCCCUGCAUCAAUACCAAGUCUCUGAGUGGCAUUUGUCAGGUCUGGAUCUGCUCCAAUUAACCUCUCAGGAUCUGGAAAAGUUGGGGGUUCAUAAGAUUGGACACCAGGAGCUCAUACUGGAGGCUGUGGAGAAACUCUGCUCUCUGACGUAUGUUAUAGGUGGUGAGAACCUGCGUAGUCUGACAGAGAAGCUGCGUGCCGUUGCCCGCACCCUCCAGAUGGGCAUCCAGGGCCGCUGGCGCCUCAAAAACUAUGACGGACACAACACCACUAAGCUGCCUGUCCCUGUUCUGCAGGUUGUAGUGGAGCUCAUCAUGUCUGCCAAAGGACUCUUCUGUCUGAUCAACAGGUAUCAGUUAAUCCACCUCAGUGGCUACACCAAUAGCAAGCGCAUAUUCAGCUACUGCAAAGAGUUGGGAGAAAUUGUGCACAAGAGGCAUAUCGCUGUCUUUGAAAAGGAAAAGGACAUCAUCUCAGUAUGUCGUCAGUUGGUGGCUGUGUGCGAUGAGAUCCUGACCUCCAGCUCUGAAGCAGUUCUUACCCGCACGGCUGAGCUCGAGAGCAUCGACCUAGUGCCUGUGUCGCCUGGUGAUCAGCUGGGGAUUGAGAUUGCGUCCACUGGCUCCAGUAACCACUAUGUGACGGGCACAGCUGCUGAGCCUUCAAAGGAUAUCUAUUCGAAGAUCUUGGCUGGUGAUGAAGUAAUUCAAGUCAAUGACCAAGUAGUGGUCGGCUGGAGCAGAGCAAAUCUUGUGAAGAAGCUGCAAGAGAAUCCCAGCGGAGUGUCUCUGGUCCUAAAGAAGAUCCCUGGGUCAGUGCGGUGCAAAGACUCAGUAAAGCAGCUCUCGUCUGCACAGAAGGAGGAAGAGGAGAAAGAAGGGAGGUUAGAGGAAAGAGAGGAAAAGGAGGAGGAGGAGAAUCUAAGGCACUCCAUAUUUGAGAGGGUAGCAGCUUCUGUCAGGUCCCUGUCUUUUAGGAAAGCCAUUCAGGGGCCAGAGAUACAUAAGCAGCAUAUGGGACAAGAAGAGUCAGAAUUAUCCUCUGACAGGGACCUGAGCCCGACUCUCACUUCAUAUCAAAACCAACAGGGGUUGUUAUCAUCAUUGUCAGCUUCAGGAGAGUCUGAAGGUUUGGACAGUUCAAAGCUAUCCACAAGAAGAGAUCAGUUGUCAUCACCCAGAAGUCCUUCACCCCUAGGAUUUGGAUCAUUCAGGAGUCUGUCACCAGGACCACGGGCCAACCAGAAAACAGCUAGCACUAGUUCCUGUCCUGAAAUGGUCGGCCACACGGGGGAUAAGGACACAAAGAAGGCAAAAGGAAUGUCAAAUAGCCGGCGCCGUGUGUCCUGUCGUGAGCUGGGCCGACCAGACUGCGAUGGCUGGCUGUGGAAGAAGAGAAAGGACAGCGGUGUCUUCAUCACCCAGAAGUGGCAGCGUUUCUGGUUCAUCCUUAAGGGGCCUUCACUUUACUGGUACACCAGCCAACAGGAUGAGAAGGCGGACGGUCUGGUCAACAUAGCCAGCUACAGAAUAGAGAGUGCCGGAGAGCACAAGAGAAAAUACGUGUUUAAAAUGUGCCACGAGCGAUUUCAGAACUUUUUCUUUGCUGCUGACAAUGUCAGUGACAUGAGCAAAUGGAUUAAUUGUCUAAUUGCAGCUAUACAGAAGUACGGGAAGCUCGAAAAAGGCCCCGACAGUGAAGAGGAGUGUUACAGUGAGACGGAAUCUGAAGGUGAGAGCUCACCUUCACCACGCAGAAAAAACAAGCAGAAAGCACAGUCCAACACUCUGCCUCACACCAAGGGGAAGGUGACCAAGGCGCCAUUAAUGAGUCCUCCAGCAGGGGGCAGCAAAGGAACAGGUGCCACAGAAGAUGAGAUGAGCACAAUGUUAAACAACAUAAAAGAGGGAGGAGUCUCCCUGAUCGGCCAUGAUCAGCCGUUUACACAAGACCACUUCAGAAAAUCAUUCAUUCGACGCAACAAGAAUCCCAUCAUCAAUGAGAAGGCGCUCACGCUCCGGGCCCUGCAGAGCACUCUUAAGGCAAAAGAAGCAGAGUUGCAGCAGAUCGACAAGAUUCUGGAGGACUCUGAGCUGACAGCCUCAAAGUAUCGUCAAUGGAAGGAGCAAAACGAGGACCUUGUUCAAGAAAUUGAAAAACUGGCCGCACCCAAGACUUCCAAAGGAGGGGACGAGGCAGUGGUGCAGGACCCGCCUGCUGAGGAGAUUGCCUUGGAAACUGUUGCCAAGGAAACAGCCACCACAGAGACGGAAGGUGCAUACAGACUGAGCCUGAGCCGUGGGGAGCAGUUAGUAGAUCCAGAGCCAUCCCCUAUCCUCAUGGAAAUCCCACAGGGUCCUUCUAUCACAGAGUCCAGUCCAGCUUUGGACCUGUCUCUGGGAUCGCUGCAGGAUUCAAUAAACAAAGAGCUGAGUGAAAUGGCAAUGAGCGGAGAAAUAAAUGAGAACUACUUCUACAUUUAAGAUCUGGCCAGGAGCAGUCAAACCACUGCAGAGGUUCUUGUUUACCAAAAGCACCGUGCAUUUCACCAUGUCCUCUGCUGAGUAUUAGUUCAAACGACCAUGAAAUCAACAUUUUAAUCAGUUCUGCCAGUGAAAUGCAUCGGUGUAGACUUUUGUCUUUUCCUGUUGGAAUCAAAUUUAGAGCUACUUGCUCUCAAUAAAUAUGGCUUUAAAGCUGAGAAAUGAACAAUUUGCCAAGUGUCAGUCUGAGUAGAACCUUUCUUAGAAUUCAAUGAAAAUUUGUAAUAUAAGUCAUGUCUCUUGGAAUGUGAUAUGUAAAUACAGUGUUACUAUAAAUACUGCGUGUAUUUGAUUAUUGACAUUACCUUAAUAAAGGUAAACAUUGGAAAUAAUUUGUACAACAUACUGACUUCAGAAAUACUGUUGUUGUAGCUCUGUGUUGGUCUAGUUCAUGCCCUUACAUGCACAUCUUUGUACUAUACAUAGGUGAUAUGGCAGAACUGUAUGACCAACUGUUUUGUGCUUUUUCAUUUGUAUGUCUGUCUAUAUGAGCAUGUUGGAGACAGAGUAA